UCUUCCUAUCAAUCAACUGAGUUGUUCUUAAGCAAUAUUGUAGGUUACAGAACAAGAUGGAUUUGCGCAAGACACCAGUAGCUCGUAUCUGUCUCUUCACCUUAACCCUACUCCAUCUCUCCCUUGCCCAAGACACCCAACAGGACUACCUCGAUGGCCACAACACCGCCCGUACCGAGGUGGGACUUCCACCGCUGACAUGGGAUGACACGGUGGCUGCAUAUGCACAAGACUAUGCUAAUACACAUAUUGGCGAUUGCAAUCUUGUUCACUCUCAGGGUGGGCCUUAUGGUGAAAACCUUGCAGGGAGCACUGGUGACCUGUCCGGCGCGGAUGCGGUGAAGCUAUGGGUGGACGAGAAGGCGAGCUAUGACUACAACUCUAACACUUGCGCUGUUGGCGCCGUGUGCGGGCACUACACUCAAGUGGUGUGGCGAGACUCUGUUCGUUUAGGAUGUGCUAAGGUUCGGUGCAACAAUGGAGGUACAUUCAUUGGCUGCAACUAUGAUCCCCCAGGCAACGUUAACGGGCAGCGGCCUUACUAGAACCUACCCGUUCAACCACUUAUCUAAUAAGCGUGUUUAAAUAUAAAUAACUGAUCUAUCUUUGGUUGGAUGAAAUUAAAUUCAUCUUCUUUGUGAGAUGCCACAUGUAAGGGAAGAUUAGAAACAUCCUUAAAGAAGAAUGAAUAUUAAUGCACACGAAUGUAAUUGCUAUUGUCGUAUAUUUCGGUUCUAUACAUA